CCGCAGCCGGAGCCGGAGCCGGAGCCGGAUCCCCGCGGCGCAGAGCUGAGUCUGAGCCGGGCGGCCGAGCGGAGCCGGACGGCAGCUAUGGACCGCUAGGGCCGGGCGGAGCCCCGCGAUGCCGCCGCCCAGUGGCCCCAGCGUCCUCGCGCGGCUGCUGCCGCUGCUGGGGCUGCUGCUCGGCGGCGCCUCCCGGGCUCCGGGCAAGUCUCCCCCGGAUCCCCCCAGCCCGCAGGAGAUCCUGAUCAAGGUGCAGGUGUAUGUGAGCGGGGAGCUGGUACCUCUGGCCCGGGCCUCGGUGGACGUGUUUGGGAACCGUACUCUGCUGGCUGCCGGAACUACGGAUUCAGAGGGCGUGGCCACACUGUCCCUCAGUUACCGCUUGGGCACUUGGGUGCUGGUCACUGCUGCCCGCCCUGGUUUCCUCACCAACUCUGUGCCGUGGCGUGUUGACAAGCUGCCCCUGUAUGCAUCAGUCAGUCUCUACCUGCUCCCAGAGCGGCCAGCCACCCUCAUCCUCUAUGAGGACCUUGUGCACAUCCUGCUAGGCUCUCCUGGUGCCCGCUCCCAGCCCUGGGUACAGUUCCAGCGCAGAGCUGCCCGCCUGCCAGUGAGCUCCACCUACAGCCAACUCUGGGCCUCACUCACACCAGCCAGCACCCAGCAGGAAAUGCGGGCUUUCCCUGCCUUCCUGGGCACUGAGGCCUCCAGCUCAGGCAAUGGCUCCUGGCUGGAGCUGAUGCCUCUGGCUGCUGUGAGUGUGCAUCUGCUGACAGGCAAUGGGACAGAGGUGCCACUCUCAGGCCCCAUUCACUUGUCCCUGCCAGUGCCCUCAGAACCUCGUGCUCUGGCUGUGGGCACCAGCAUUCCAGCCUGGAGAUUUGACCCCAAGAGUGGGCUGUGGGUACGAAAUGGCACUGGUGUGAUCCGGAAGGAAGGCCGGCAGCUCUACUGGACCUUUGUCUCCCCACAGCUGGGGUACUGGGUGGCUGCCAUGGCCUCCCCUACGUCUGGACUGGUCACCAUCACCUCAGGCAUUCAGGAUAUCGGCACCUACCACACCAUCUUCCUGCUCACCAUCCUGGCAGCCCUGGCCCUGCUGGUGCUCAUUCUACUGUGUCUACUUAUCUACUACUGCCGGAGACGCUGCCUUAAGCCAAGGCAACAGCACCGCAAACUGCAGCUCUCCGGGCCCUCUGACAACAAACGAGACCAGGCCACUUCCAUGUCUCAGCUGCACCUCAUCUGUGGGGGACCCCUGGAGCCCACCUCCUCUGGAGACCCUGAGGCCCCGCCCCCAGGCUCCCUGCACUCUGCCUUCUCUAGCACCCGGGACCUUGCAUCCUCCAGGGAUGACUUCUUCCGAGCCAAACCGCGCUCCGCCAGCCGCCCCGCCGCGGAGCCGCCUGGUGUCCGCGGGGGCGAGGGUGCCGGGCUCAAAGGCGCACGCUCCGUCGAGGGUCCCGGUGGGUUGGAGCCCAGCCUGGAGGAGUACCGUCGAGCACAGACGGGGGCCGCAGCAUUCCUGCACGAGCCGUCCUCGCCGCCACCAUCCUUCGACCACUACCUGGGCCACAAGGGGGCAACGGAGAGCAAGGCCCCCGACUUCCUGCUGUCUCAGUCGGUGGACCAGCUGGCGCGCCCGCCGUCCCUUAGCCAGGCCGGGCAGCUCAUCUUCUGCGGCUCCAUCGAUCACCUCAAGGACAACGUGUAUCGCAACGUAAUGCCCACCUUGGUGAUCCCUGCACACUACGUGCGCCUCGGCGGCGAGGCGGGAGCCACUGGGGUGGGGGACGAGGCCACCCCACCUGAGGGCUCGGCGCCGGGCCCCGCGCGCCCUUUCCCGCAGCCCGACCCCGCGCGCCCGCUGCUGCAGGGCCACCCGGGCGCCACUGGCGAGGGCGCCGGCGGCGAGGGCUGGGGCGGCGGGCGCGCAGCCCCGGUCAGCGGCUCGGUCACCAUCCCGGUGCUGUUCAACGAGUCCACGAUGGCGCAGCUCAACGGGGAGCUGCAGGCGCUGACCGAGAAGAAGCUGCUGGAACUGGGCGUGAAGCCUCACCCGCGCGCCUGGUUCGUGUCCCUGGACGGCCGCUCCAACUCGCAGGUGCGCCACUCCUACAUCGACCUGCAGGCUGGCGGCGGGGGCCGCAGCACAGACGCCAGCCUGGACUCCGGCGUCGAUGUGCACGAGGCGCGGCCAGCGCGCCGCCGACCCCCCAGGGAGGAGCGGGAGCGCGCCCCGCCCGCCCCGCCGCCCCCGCCUGCGCCCCCGCGCCUGGCGCUCAGCGAGGACACGGAGCCCAGCAGCAGCGAGAGCCGCACCGGUCUCUGCUCCCCCGAGGACAACUCGCUGACGCCGCUGCUGGACGAGGUGGUGGCGCCCGAGGGUCGGGCAGCCACAGUGCCCCGGGGUCGGGGCCGCAGCCGCGGGGACAGUUCCCGCAGCAGUGCCAGCGAGCUGCGGCGCGACUCGCUCACCAGCCCGGAGGACGAGCUGGGGGCAGAAGUGGGCGACGAGGCGGGCGACAAGAAGAGCCCCUGGCAGCGGCGGGAGGAGCGGCCGCUAAUGGUGUUCAACGUGAAGUAGCGCAGCCCGGGGGUCUGCCCCCGCCACUCCCCCCUGCGCGGGUCCCCAGAGUGCGCGCCCCGGGGAGCUGCGGAGGCAUGCGCACUUAGCCCGGAGAUGGCGCCCAGGGGCCUGCGGUCCUCCGGUUGGUAUGUGCAGGUUAAAGUCUUGGGAAGGAACCCUAGAUCUGCCUCCAAGCAGAGGGAGGUGGGAGGGGCCCGCCCCCCCGUGGGAGGGGCGGGGGAGGAGGGCUGGGGGAGGGGUGCAGCGCCUGUAUAAACGUGGCUGUACAUAGAAAGAUCUAUUGUGGGAGAGCAGGAGGGGCAACCCAGCCUCAGCUGCUAGGGUCAGGGCUGGGAAGGGAGGGGCAUUCUCUGAGGACCCUUGGGAGGGGAGGGGUGCUGCUUGCUGAGCUGUCCAUCUACAGGGCUGGUGGCUGGGGCAGUCCUGGGGGCUAGGGGUAAUGUGAUGGGGCCGCUGUGGGCAACAAAAUGAUAUAAAACUGGUGAGGUUAA